CGAGAACGCAGUAUCUCCGAUUUUAACUUUCGUAUUGAAUUAAAAUGUAUAUUUAUUGAAACAAUCGCUCGCGAGAGAGAUUCUAGCUGUGCCCGCAAAUAUACUCAUUUAUAUCUGCUUAGUUUUAUCGUUUAAUGUGGCUACAAAUUCCGGCUUCACGCGAUUCAUAAUUCGUGAAUCAACUCUCGUUUGAAUUUGCCGCCAAUCAACCUGCUGUUUGUUGGUUAUGUUCAAUCGACAGGCAGUUGCCAAUUCAAUUAAUUGCUAGGCAGCGAUUUAAUUGGUUUUUACUAUUGGCUCCAAUAAAAUAAGUCUGAGAUCUCGUAGGACGGCAUUUUGUUUCUAAACAUGUCAAUUGGAGAUACACGUAUAGUAUACGCGAUCAGCUGUGCGCAACUUUGCGAUUGUCCACGGGCGUAGGCGUGCGGACGAUGUUUUUCUCCGCCCGAGGUUUAAACUAACAGUUUGAUCUACAAUUUUUACGCCCGAGGAUAGCGAGUGGACAAACGGUGGUAUAUUCUUUCAAGAUAGACCUUAGUCGCUCGACAAGAUGAGCUACAAGUACGUGAACCUGGCGAACGUGGGCACCAAUUAUGCCACGCGCAUGAAUCGCCUGAGCAACCGAAUCUUCGGCGAAGUAGCCAGGCCUACUAAUCAGAAGUCGAUGAAGGUCGUGAAGCUCUUCAGCGAGAAACCGGUGAACAAACGACCGGAGGUCGUGGAAUAUUAUCCAAGAUUCAGAGAGACGGAGAAGCUCAUGACACUCCUGCGCGAUUACGGUCUCUUCAGGGACGAGCAUAAGGACUUCAAGGAGGAAUACGACCGUUUGCGAGCGCUUCGCGGCAAAACCAAGUGGAUACCACCUCCCUACAGAAGUAAAGCCAAACCGUCUUGAGACACGCGUAAUCUACAACUGAACGCAACAAAUUUUGUUAUAGUGUGCAUCUUGUAAAUAAUCAAUUACAUGUUCGAUACAAUGC